AUGAAAGCCAUUUGUGCGACCGUUUACGCUGUGAAGCUUUUGGAGUUCUUCCCCUGGGUGGACGAUGUGUUUAAGUUAAUGUACCUGAAUAGGUCUUGGAAGAGAGUCAUCCUCGAUGUGAUCAACAACACCAACUUCCUCAGGGGGAAAAAAAUAAUGCGGCUCAAAAAUCGGAAGAGCAUUUUGCUCAUUCUUAAGUACAUGAGGGGGGUCUCCCCGGUUGGGGGAAACAUGAGCGAAUUACCCGCAUCGCUGGACCGAGUUGGACAGCCAUUUCCUGAACACACCAUCCAGUGCCCCUUUCCCAAUGUGCUUGAACUAAUUAUUGGCUCGUGUAACCCUAACCCCUUGUUUUUCAACUACAUCCAGAACAGCUUCCCCCGGCUUAUCUGCUUCAAGCUAAUCAUAACAUCCCCCGUGUGCAUCCCUCUGUUAAAAAACUUCUGUUUCAAUUCUAAGAAUCUGAGGUACAUAAUUAUAAGCAUCGUGAACCGACAGUUGGUUACAGAUUACCGGGAGAAGCUGGAAAAGAACUUAAGUAACUUCUUCCGCCAGUGGGGUAUAAACGUCACGCUCAUAACGGAGCUGGGCGGGUAG